AUGAAAUCUUUUUUUUUUCAGUCAAUAAAAAGAGAAUCUAUUAAUACUAAACAAUCUUCUCAAUUGUUAGAAAGUGAACAAAAACUUCGUGAAGAAAUUACUCAAUUAAGAAGUCAAUUACAGGAACAAAAAUCUACCUUUUGCGGGCAUGAAAAACAAAUGUCUCAAUUACAAGCAAAAUUAGCAGAAUUACAUGAAUUACUUAAUAGAUAUAAAGAAAUUGAAGAACCUCCAUAUUUACCUCCAGUAAAUAUACCUCCACCUGAAUAUCCUGACAAAAAAUCAAAAUCUUCACCACUAAGAGAUACUUUUGUUAACAAAAAUGUUACUAAGGCUUGUAAUAUUAUAUGA